AUGGCGGCCCCCAUGGUGCGGCACGGGCUCCUCCUGGCGCGGAAAGUGCCUCUGCCUCAGCUCUCCCUGGCAGGUAAACGAUGUCUGCUUUCUGCAGCAUAUGUGGACAGCCAGAAAUGGGAAGCAAGAGAAAAAGAAGACUGUCACCUCGCUGAUCUGGCAUCUUUAAUGGAUAAAACAUACGAGAAAAAGUUGCCUGUUAGUUCUUUAACAAUAUCACGGUUUGUGGACAACAUUUCAUCUCGAGAAGAGAUAGAUCAUGCAGAAUAUUACCUUUACAAAUUCCGGCACAGCCCCAAUUGCUGGUACCUGAGAGACUGGACUAUCCACACCUGGAUUAGGCAGUGUCUAAAAUACGGUGCACAAGACAAGGCCUUAUAUACCCUUGUAAAUAAGGUUCAAUAUGGAAUUUUCCCAGAUAACUUUACGUUCAAUUUACUGAUAGAUUAUUUCAUAAAGAAAGAAAAUUACCAAGAUGCUUUAUCCGUGGUUUUUGAGGUCAUGAUGCAAGAAGCCUUUGAAGUACCUUCCACCCAGCUUCUCUCCCUCUAUGUUUUAUACCACUGCCUGGCAAAGAAGACAGACUUCACUUGGGAAGAGGAGAGGAACUUCGGUGCAUCCCUGUUACUCCCAGGCCUAAAGCAGAAGAACUCCGUGGGUGUGAGUUCCCAGCUGUAUGGCUAUGCUCUUCUGGGGAAGGUGGAAUUGCAGCGAGGGCUGCGGGCUGUGUACCACGACAUGCCUCUGCUGUGGCGACCAGGCUACCUUGACAGAGCCCUUCAGGUGAUGGAGAAGGUGGCCUCCUCCCCAGAAGAUGGAAAGCUAUGUAGAGAAGCGCUCGACGUGCUGGACAGAGCACUGCAGGUUCUGACGGCUCCAGCCCAGGAGUCCUCAGAGGAACAGCCCCAAGGAGGGGAAGACAGCCAGGGCCCAGAAGAGCUGGUGGAGCAGUUGGACGUGGAGGAAACCGAACAGUCGAAGCUUCCCCGCUACCUGGAGCGAUUUAAGGCCUUACAUUCCCAGCUUCAGGCUCUGGGCAGAGUGGAGUCAGAGAGCCUUUUGACGCUGACCACCCAGCUCCUCAAAGACCAGCUGCCCGCCUGUGAAGCAGAGGACAUCGCCACCUACGAGCAGAAGCUGCAGCAAUGGCAUCAGGAUUUGCUGUCCUUGAUUCAGAGGGAACAGGAGUUCAGGGAGAAGGCGAAGCAGGAGCACCUGGCUCGGCAAGCGGCAAAGGCGGCUGCCUAACAGGGCCCCACAGCUCAGCCCCACUACAGGGACUUCACCAGCCCCGUCCUGGGAUCACUGUGACCAUCACGGGCUCGCUGUGACCGUGAUGGCAGCCUCAGCCUCCUCCACCCGCCUUCUCCUUCUCUAAGCCGUCCACUUGUCUGGGAAUGCCGAGAUGUUCUACAGACGGAGGCCCUGUGUCUGCCCGUCCAGGCGGCCCACUCUUAGUUCCAGGGGCUGUGGAACUAGGAAAGCGGUCAGACUGCAGCCACCAGCUACCUCGGAGUUCCUGACGGGGUGCCAGGGUGCAGGGAUCAAGUCUCAAACACAGGCUUUCGAAUGGUCUCUCUCCCCGCACCCGAGGCAAACUUCACCUCCUAGGACUUCGGUCCCUUCUCCUCCCUGGGGCCAUCUCCACAUUCCCUUUCCCUGUGUCUCACCCAGACCUGCACUGGGAGAAGGUCAAUCAGUGGCUUUCAAAUUUCAGGAACCUCUGUGACAUUUUAGAAUGUAAGGACUCUUGAGGAAAAAGCUAGUCUCGUUGGCUGGUAGCUUCUCUAUCAUGUUGGGCUACCUUUUUCCAAUCCAUUGUCUCAGCUCCUUCAUAAAGUAGGUCAGAUGAGCCUUUUGUGCACACACACAUACACCCACACACACGCAUGCGCACACACACAGCUUGUGAACACACAUUUCAGUCAGAGAAGUUGCAGAAAAUCUGGGACAGCAUGGGCUUCCAGUGCAUGGGAGAAUGGAUAAUCAUCAAACCCUCAGGAGGCCAAAAUUCCUGAAGUUUCUCUGUGAAAGGGGUUUGGGCAGCUCUUGCUUGCUGUGUAAUUUUGCCUUUAAGUGCCGUGGUGUACUUCUAUUCUGGAUUGCGGUCUUUUAUCAAGAACCUGUGGAAAUAAAUGUUCUUGG